UUGGCAGAUUAUGAUGUGGUUGUUAUUGGCGCGGGUCCUGGCGGCUAUGUCGCGGCGAUUCGCGCAGCGCAGCUUGGUUUGAGCACUGCGGUUAUCGAGGACGAUAACGUUGGUGGAGUGUGCUUGAACUGGGGCUGCAUUCCAAGCAAGUCGCUGUUGCGAAAUGCCGAAGUUCUGGAGUUGGUGAAGAAUGCCGGCGAAUACGGCAUCAGUGUCGGCGAUGUUACCUUCGAUUACGGUUUGGCGAUUGAUCGCAGCCGCCAGGUCGUUCGUCUGCUGAGAAAAAACGGAGUAGAGCAUAUCAGCGGACGCGGCAUCCUGCAAAGUGCGAAUACCAUUGCGAUCGACGGGGCAGAUCGCGCCAUCAGCGCAGACAAUAUCAUGGUUGCCACUGGCGCACGCGCCAGGCAUAUCCCCGGUAUUCCCGUUGAUGGCGAAACUGUGCUUACAUCCCGCGAGGCGAUCGUGCUGCGUGAGGUUCCUGAGCGAGUUGUUAUAGUUGGCGGCGGCGCGAUCGGCGUCGAAUUCGCUGACAUCUACCAUUCCUAUGGCGCAGAGGUUAUGAUAAUCGAGAUGCUGCCCAGGCUGGUUCCGCUGGAAGACGAGGAGAUAAGCCAGCAAUUGGAGCGAGUCUUCCGUCGUCGGGGCAUCGGAUUUAAGACAGGAGCGAUGGUUGGUGGUGUCACUGUGAGCGAAGGCACCGCCGCUGUAACGGUCACUGAUGCUGAUGGGUCAGUGAGCGAGAUUGAGUGCGACAAGGUACUGGUCGCGAUAGGCGUACAGGGCAACACUGAAGAUAUUGGGCUUGAAGUAGCCGGUGUCAAUACGGAGCGCGGAUACAUCACAGUGGAUGAUGAAAUGCGUACCAACGUGCCGGGUGUAUUUGCUAUUGGAGACGUAACCGGAAAGUUGCCUCUCGCCCAUGUGGCAUCUGCUCAGGGUGUUAUCGCGGCAGAGGUGAUUGCUGGCAUGAACCCGAUGCCGCUGGACUAUUCCCUGAUGCCACGCGCGACAUACUGCAGGCCGCAGAUUGCGAGCUUUGGUUUAACCGAACAGCAGGCAAUCGACGCAGGAUACUCCUUCAAAGUGGGACGGUUCCCCAUGGCGGCAAGCGGGAAGGCUCUUGCAAUGGGUGAGCCGAACGGCAUGGUCAAACUGGUUGUGGACAGCGAAGUAGGGGAGUUGCUGGGCGCGCAUAUUAUAGGCCCAGAGGCGACCGAGCUGCUCGGCGAGGUCGGACUAUCGCGCCUCCUUGAAGGCACAACUACUGAAUUGGGAUGGCUUGUGCAUCCACACCCUACUAUUUCGGAAACGAUUAAAGAGGCGGCUCUAGCAGUUGAGGGCGAAGCCAUUCACAUAUAG